AUGGGUGUGCAUCUGAGAACCCACAGAACUUUCAUAGAGGAUCACCUCCUUCCUGACACCACAUUUCUUACUGAGGUCAGAGCAGACAUGGACUUCAUAAGUGCUUUCUUGAUGGAGAGAUGCUUCCAAGGUGCCGCCCACACUGUGAGGGUCUCCAGGGUUGUGAUGGGCGGCUCCUACAAUGAAUAUACCGUGCUCAAGGGCAGGUCAGAGGCAAACCUGGUGGUAUUCCUUAAAAAUCUCAGCAGCUUUGAGGAUCAGUUAAAGUGGCAGCAAGUGUUUAUUGAGGAAAUUCAGAAACACCUGUGGCAGUUGCAGCAAGAGAAGCAAUUUAAACUGAAGUUUGAGGUCCAGAGCUCAGAGCAGCCCAACUCCAGGUCUCUGAGCUUCAAGCUGAGCUCCCCUGAGCGCCAGCAGGAGGUGGAAUUUGAUGUACAGCCAGCCUAUGAUGCCCUGUGUAAAUCUACUAAUGAAGAUGGGCCUGCCUGUGGAGUCAUAGUACCCUCUAUGGGCAUCGUCAUAAAGGUGUCCUGA